ACUCAAUCCACCGCUUCUCACAAUAUAUCUCCCCUCCCCUCUCGUCCUCGACAGAUCCAGCAUUCGACUACUGCCUGGAUACGCCAUGGCGGUCAAUUUUGCUGCAGAAGAGGCCGCUACUCUACAAAGAUGGCGAGAGAUUGACGCUUUCCAGACUCAACUGCGCCUGUCCCAGGGCAACAAACCCUACACUUUCUACGACGGCCCACCUUUUGCGACUGGUCUUCCUCAUUAUGGCCACCUACUCGCCUCCACCAUCAAGGACAUCAUUCCCCGAUAUUGGUCUAUGAAAGGCUACUACGUCGAGCGAAGAUUCGGCUGGGACACUCAUGGUCUACCCAUUGAAUAUGAGAUUGACAAGAAAUUCAACAUCUCGGGCCCUGCGGCUGUGAAAGAGAUGGGAAUUGCCAAGUACAACGCUGAGUGCAAGGCUAUUGUCAUGAGAUAUGCCUCAGAAUGGAGAGAGACCAUUGAUCGGCUGGGAAGAUGGAUCGACUUUGACAAUGACUACAAGACGAUGAAUUCCACCUUUAUGGAAUCCGUCUGGUGGGUUUUCAAGCAGUUGUAUGACCAGGGUCAGGUCUACCGCAGUUACCGAGUCAUGCCGUUUUCCACUGCCUUGAGCACUCCUCUCAGUCAACAUGAGGCCCAGUCGAACUACAAGGAUGCCCAAGAUCCAGCUGUGGUUAUUGCCUUUCCUUUGGUUGAAGAUCCCAAAACCAGCUUGCUGGCAUGGACAACUACCCCUUGGACCUUGCCUUCGAACAUUGGCUUGGCCGUCAACCCUGAGUUUGAAUACAUCAAGUUUCUGGAUGUUGAGUCCGGCCGUCAAUUCAUCAUGCUUGAGAAACUGUUGCGAAUACUUUACAAAGAUCCCAAGAAGGCCAAGUUCACCAUCCUCGAGAAAAUGAAGGGAUCAGAUCUCAAAGGCAAACAGUACAUUCCUCCUUUCAACUAUUUCUAUGACGAUUUCAAGGAUCGAGCUUUCAAAGUUCUGAAUGCCGGCUAUGUCACCGACGAUGACGGUACCGGUGUGGUCCAUCAGGCCCCCGCCUUUGGUGAGGAGGAUUUCCGAGUCGCCAUGGAGAACGGUAUCAUCAGCCAUGACUCGCUCCCCCCCAAUCCAGUUGAUGAUACGGGCAAGUUCACCAAGGAAGUUACUGACUUCGCCGGUCAGCAUGUCAAAGAAGCGGAUAAGCACAUCAUCAAACACUUGAAGGGCACAGGAACACUCAUCCGUGACUCCCAGAUUACCCAUCAGUAUCCCUUCUGCUGGCGGUCUGAUACACCUCUCAUUUAUCGUGCUGUCUCAGGUUGGUUUGUCAAUAUUGCCGGUAACGACAAGGUGCCGAGUAUCAUUCCAUUGAUGUUGGACGGCAUUGCCAAAUCUCAUUGGGUGCCAAAUUUCGUCAAGGAGAAGCGGUUUGCCGACUGGAUCAAGAAUGCCCGUGAUUGGAACAUCUCUCGCAAUCGGUAUUGGGGCACACCUAUUCCUCUGUGGGCAAGCGAAGACUACUCCGAGAUUGUGGCUAUUGGCAGUAUUGAAGAACUGAAGAAGCUGAGUGGCUACGAGGGUGAAAUCACAGAUCUACACAGGGACAGUGUCGAUGGAAUCACCAUUCCCAGUCAGAAAGGAAAUGGUGUUCUUCGCCGAGUCGAGGAAGUUUUUGACUGUUGGUUUGAAUCCGGCAGCAUGCCGUACGCCUCGUCCCAUUACCCCUUUGAAAACAGCGAAUUCUUUGAAAAAACCUUCCCUGGAGAUUUUAUCGCCGAAGGCCUUGACCAGACCAGAGGUUGGUUCUACACUUUGGUCAUCCUCGGCAUUCAUCUCAAGAAAGUUUUGCCUUUCAAGAACUGUGUGGUCAAUGGCAUUGUCUUGGCUGAAGACGGAAAGAAGAUGUCGAAACGACUGAAGAACUACCCCGAUCCAACCACAGUUAUCGACAAGUAUGGCGCUGAUGCAUUGCGUCUAUACAUGAUCAACUCUCCCGUUGUGCGAGCUGAACCUCUCCGCUUCAAGGAAUCUGGCGUCAAGGAGAUUGUGGCCAAAGUCUUGCUCCCAUUGUGGAACAGCUUCAAAUUCUUCGAAGGACAGGUUCAACUGCUCAAGAAGGUUGAAGGUAUUGACUAUGUCUAUGACCCCGAAGCCGAGAAGACCAACACAAAUGUCAUGGACAAAUGGAUUCUCGCCAGUAUCCAGAGUCUGCUGAAGUACAUCAAUGAGGAAAUGGCUUCGUACAGGCUCUACACUGUCGUGCCCGGCCUACUCAAUCUGAUCGACGAAACAACCAACUGGUACAUCCGGUUCAACCGAAAGCGACUGAAGGGAGAAUUGGGUGUAGAUGACACUCUCCACGCCCUCAACACCCUGUUCGAUGUUUUAUUCACCCUCGUCCGCGCUCUUGCUCCCUUCACCCCCUUCAUCGCCGACCUCAUCUACUCCAAGCUCCUUCCCCAUAUUCCCGAGUCCCUGCAUGGUAAGGACAGCCGAAGCGUGCACUUUUUGUCGUUCCCUGAAGUUCGAGAAGAGCUUUUCAACCCCGUUGUGGAGAGACGAGUGGCCCGAAUGCAGAAAGUGAUUGAGUUAGCCCGACAAUCACGAGAACGAAGAACAGUCGGCCUCAAGACACCACUCAAGACACUGGUGGUGAUCCACAAAGACCAAGAAUACUUAGACGACGUCAAAUCCCUAGAAGGAUACAUCACCGAGGAACUGAAUGUACGAGAUCUUGUCCUAUCGUCAGACGAGGAGAAAUACAAUGUUCAAUACAGUGUGACAGCCGACUGGCCUGUUCUCGGCAAGAAACUCAAGAAAGAUGUUCAAAAGGUCAAGAAAGCACUUCCUGACCUAACAAGCACGGAAUGCAAAGCAUAUCUCGACGAGAAGAAGAUUGCAGUGGCCGGAAUUGAUUUGAUCGAAGGAGAUCUCGUGGUUCGACGAUCGUUGAAACAGGACGACAAGUCCAAGGAUCAAGAAACCAACUCUGACGACGACGUCUUGAUUAUUCUAGACGUGGCCAUCCACCCUGAACUCGAACAGGAAGGACUGGCACGCGAAAUCAUCAACCGAGUGCAACAAUUGAGAAAGAAAGCCAACCUUGUACCAACGGAUGACGUUAAGAUGGAAUAUCGUGUUCAACAAGACCCGGAUAACAUUGGUCUAGAGGCAGUGUUCGAGUCGCAGAGCGCGUUUAUUGAGAAGGCAUUACGGAGACCGGUGGACAAGCAUGUGGUGACUGAAGUCGAGGGACCAAUCACUAAUGGUGAUGAAAAGGAGAACAUCAUCGCGGAAGAGUUGCAAGAAGUUCAGAAGGCGACGUUUUUGUUGAGAUUACUCAAGUUGUGAGGGAUGAGAGAUGAGAAAUGAGAAAUCAGAGAGAGAUGGAUGGGUGGAUAGAUAAGAUAUGACAGGUCAGGUCAGGUCAGGUCAAGUCUAGAGUGCGUGAGUGUGUGAGACAGUUAUGACUUGCAUUAUGAGAAUACAAGAAACAUACAUGCAUGGUUCCUGUAUGUAUGUAUGGAUGUAUGGCCAGCGCUAGAUUCUAGAUUCUAGAUUCUAGAUCGUGGUGAAAGUUGAAUGAAAGACGCCGAACAAUGCAAUACAUUCCAU